AUGGUUCUGGCGGAGUUAGGGGGGAGCAUUUCGCGUGCUCUCCAGCAGAUGAGCAAUGCAACGGUGAUCGACGAGAAGGUGCUCAAUGAUUGCCUCAACGACAUCACCCGCGCUCUUCUCCAGUCCGAUGUUCAAUUCAAGCUCGUUCGUGAUAUGCAGACUAAUAUCAAGAACAUUGUUAACCUCGAUGAUCUCGCUGCCGGUCACAACAAACGCAGGAUCAUCCAACAAGCUGUGUUUAACGAACUCUGCAAAAUACUGGACCCUGGGAAGCCCUCUUUCACUCCCAAAAAGGGGAAAACAAGUGUUGUCAUGUUUGUUGGUUUGCAAGGUUCUGGGAAAACCACAACCUGUACAAAAUACGCAUAUUAUCAUCAGAAGAAAGGCUGGAAGCCAGCUCUAGUAUGUGCAGAUACGUUUAGAGCUGGUGCAUUUGAUCAAUUGAAGCAAAAUUCUACCAAAGCUAAGAUCCCUUUCUAUGGAAGCUAUAUGGAAUCCGAUCCUGUAAAAAUUGCAGUGGAUGGUGUGGAGAGAUUCAAGGAAGAAAACUGUGAUCUUAUAAUUGUUGAUACCAGUGGGAGGCACAAACAAGAAGCUGCUCUUUUUGAAGAAAUGCGUCAAGUUUCAGAAGCAACGAAACCAGAUCUUGUUAUAUUUGUUAUGGAUAGCAGUAUUGGUCAGGCUGCUUUUGAUCAAGCCCAAGCAUUUAAACAGAGCGUUGCAGUUGGAGCUGUAAUAGUUACCAAAAUGGAUGGCCAUGCAAAAGGUGGUGGUGCUCUUAGUGCUGUUGCAGCAACAAAGAGUCCCGUCAUAUUUAUUGGAACGGGAGAACAUAUGGAUGAGUUUGAAGUUUUUGAUGUGAAGCCAUUUGUCAGUCGUCUAUUAGGAAUGGGUGACUGGUCUGGGUUUAUGGACAAAAUUCAAGAAGUUGUUCCUAUGGAUCAACAACCUGAACUGCUUCAAAAGCUGUCAGAAGGAAACUUCACCUUGAGGAUUAUGUAUGAGCAGUUUCAGAACAUAAUGAAAAUGGGUCCUAUCAGCCAGGUGUUUUCUAUGCUUCCUGGAUUUAGUGCGGAAUUAAUGCCAAAAGGCCGUGAGAAAGAAAGCCAGGCAAAAAUAAAGCGUUACAUGACAAUGAUGGAUUCAAUGACAAACGAAGAGUUGGAUAGUUCAAACCCAAAGCUCAUGAAUGAGUCACGUAUGAUGCGGAUAGCUCGAGGUGCAGGUCGUCAAAUUAGGGAAGUUAUGGAGAUGAUGGAAGAGUACAAACGUCUUGCAAAGAUAUGGAGCAAAAUGAAAGGACUUAAAAUACCAAAGAAAGGAGAAAUGAGUGCCCUAUCCCGAAAUAUGAAUGCCCAGCACAUGAGCAAAGUACUCCCUCCGCAGAUGCUGAAGCAAAUCGGUGGCAUGGGCGGGUUACAAAACUUGAUGAAGCAGAUGGGAUCAGCCAAAGACAUGAUGGGAAUGGGAGGAUUGUUUGGUGGUGGUGGUGAUUAG